AUAUGACAUGUUCACUGACUCCUCUCUAUAAGUAGACAUAUCCCCAUAUGCUUUGUUCCCAUCCCUCACCCAAGCAAGAAUACCUAGAGUACUAGUUAUACCAUAAGAUAGAGAUAGCAUAACCUCAAAUAUGAUGAAAGGUGUUCCUUACCUUUUUACUGUGGCCAUUUUGGCUUUGGCAACCACCCUUGUUUCAGCUUAUGACCCUAGUCCUUUGCAAGACUUUUGUGUCGCAAUUAACAACACCGAUUCUGCUGUAUUUGUGAAUGGAAAAUUUUGUAAGGACCCAGCAAUUGUCACAGUCAACGAUUUUUUCUUUCCCGGACUCAAUAUUCCUGGAAACACAGCUGCAAGUAAACUUGGAUCAAGUGUCAAUCUUGUGAAUGUCGAUAAAUUACCUGGUCUCAACACUCUAGGCAUAUCUUUGGCUCGCCUUGACUUUGCACCAUAUGGUUUGAAUCCACCUCACACUCACCCUCGGGGCACUGAACUUUUGGUAGUCAUAGAGGGUACUCUCUUAGUUGGAUUUGUCACAUCCAAUCCAAACAAACUCUUCACCAAAGUUCUAAACAAGGGAGACGUCUUUGUAUUCCCAAUUGGUCUCAUUCACUUCCAAUUCAAUGUAGGGCAGAUCAAUGCUGUUGCCUUUGCUGGUCUUAGCAGUCAGAAUCCUGGGUUGAUCACCAUAGCAAACGCUGUCUUUGGACCUAAUCCUCCAAUCAAUCCUGAUGUUCUUGCCAAGGCCUUCCAAUUGGACAAGAAUGUUGUUGAAUAUCUUCAAAAUCAAUUCUAGUCAAACCACAAUUAGGAAAAAUAUUUGUAAUAGGAAUGAUUAACCAUUACAUAGCAGAGUUUGAUUAAAAUUUUCCUUGUUUCCCAAACUGUAUUGCCAUUAAAAUAUUUAUUAUCAAAUAUAAUUCUCUUAUGAUUUUUUUUUUU